GGUCCUUUGUAAUAAGUCCUAAAUUCCCCCUCUUUCACGGCGAAAUACUUUCCUUCACCGUAUCUAGAAAGGGCCAAAGGAAAGGAAACCUCUCUUAAAUUUAACUCCCAAAGCAGCAAAUUUAAGUAUCACAGAUCAGUUCUCACAAUUUCUCUUAUAUUCUUUCCUUCAAUCCAAACAAGAGAGGAAAGAAAGAAGAAAUGAAGAGAUUAAGAACUUAUUACAUGCAAUUUCGUCACAACAAUAAUCAAGCAAUGGAGCGUAAAUGGAUCUUCCCCUUAGCCGUCGGUUCCAUUGUUUCCUUAUUUUUACUCUUCUUAACAACCUUAAGCUCUUUUGAUGGCUCCCCAUUUCUUUUCUUCUCCCGUUCCUCCGUCGUAAUCGGCAGUUCCUCCCCUUUCGUGGAGGACCAACUGAAACCCAUUUCUAUUUCCACACUCCCUCCACCUCCCCGCUUCGCCUACCUCAUUUCAGGCUCUGCUGGCGAUGGUCGGAUGCUGAAAAGGACCCUUUUAGCCCUAUACCAUCCCUUGAAUCAGUACGUAGUUCAUCUUGACAGGGAAGCUAGCUCUGAAGAGAGGCUUGAACUGGAGAAGUUUGUGAAAGAUCAUCAAGUAUUUGACAAAGUUGGGAAUGUUAGGAUGAUUGUGAAAGCUAAUUUGGUUACUUAUAGAGGUCCUACUAUGGUUGCUAAUACGCUUCAUGCUGCUGCAAUUUUGUUGAAAGAAGGUGGAGACUGGGAUUGGUUUAUUAAUCUUAGUGCUUCUGAUUAUCCCCUUGUUACUCAAGAUGAUCUGUUGCACACAUUUUCAUACUUGCCAAGGGAUCUGAAUUUCAUUGAUCACACAAGCAAUAUUGGAUGGAAAGAGUUUCAGAGGGCUAAACCAAUUAUUAUAGAUCCAGGGUUGUAUAGUAUGAAAAAAGCUGAUGUGUUUUGGGUUACUCAGAGGAGAAGCGUGCCUACUGCAUUCAAACUCUUUACAGGUUCUGCUUGGAUGGCACUUACUCGCCCUUUUAUCGAUUAUUGCAUUUGGGGAUGGGACAACCUACCUCGAAUAGUCCUCAUGUACUAUGCUAACUUUUUAUCCUCUCCAGAAGGUUACUUCCACACUGUCAUUUGUAAUGCUCAAGAGUUCCGUAACACUACAGUAAACAGUGAUCUCCAUUUUAUAUCAUGGGAUAACCCUCCUAAGCAGCAUCCUCAUCACCUAAGGCUUGCUGACAUGCAAUGGAUGAUUGACAGCAAUGCACCUUUUGCAAGAAAGUUCCCUCGCGAUGACCCAGUGCUUGACAAAAUCGACUCUGAGCUCUUGUCUCGGGGUCCAGACAUGAUUACUCCUGGUGGUUGGUGUGUAGGAAGUUGGAAAAAUGGGACUGAUCCUUGUUCUGUUAUUGGUAAUACAACAGUCAUCAGGCCUGGCCCCGGAGCGAAAAGGUUGGAAACUUUGAUCAGCUUUCUUCUAUCCAACGACAAUUUUAGACCGCAGCAAUGCAAAUAGUACUAAUGGAAACUUCCUAAGGGAGGCACUCAUGACAAAUGGGGUUGGUUUAUAAAUAUAUUGGAAGAUGUAAACGAUGCAAUCCAGUAUUCAGUGUUCCUUCUGGAAAGGGUUGAAAAGUAUGAUAGAAGAAGCAUACAUGAUCUCUCUGGUAUAUAUAGUACCAUGAUUAAGAUGGAAUAACUGAUGGAUAUCAAUUAUAGAGCUGUGAUCAGAUAUGGAUUUACAAUGCUGGAAAUGGGGGCAACACUGAAAUCUUGAUUUUUUUUUUUUUUUUUGGUAGUGUUAUGUAACCAUCACAAAUUGAAGGAAAGUUUAAUUUUACUCCCAUUUAAAUUU